CAUCACGCUCCGGCCCACGCUCCCGCCGCCGGUCCGCACCGCGCGCGGGGAAAGCGGAGCGGGUUGGCGAGUGCGGCCCGCGUCCUGCAGCUGUAGUGGGUGAAUCCGGAGGAGGGUUAGGCCCGGUGAGAGCCUGGAGGCGAGGUGACCGGAGCCACGUGAUGUCAGUAGUUCGUUCGUCCGUCCACGCCAAGUGGGUCGUGGGGAAGGUGAUUGGAACAGCAAUGCAAAAAACAGCCAAAGUGAGAGUGACCAGACUUGUUUUGGAUCCCUAUUUAUUAAAGUAUUUUAAUAAACGAAAAACCUACUUUGCCCACGAUGCUCUUCAGCAGUGCACAGUUGGGGAUAUUGUGCUUCUCAAAGCUCUACCUGUUCCACGAACAAAGCACGUGAAACAUGAACUGGCCGAGAUCAUUUUCAAAGUCGGACGAGUCAUAGAUCCAGUGACUGGAAAACCCUGUGCAGGAACUACCUACCUGGAAAGCCCAGUCAGCUUAGAAACCACCUGCCUACCCAAAAAUCUGGAAGAACUCAAAAGCUCUUCAGCACAGUGAAGGAAGAUUGGAAGAAGGAGCCAAAGGGAAAGAUUGAUAAGUUUGCUUUAUGGAAAAAGAAAUUUUUUUAAGUUUCAUUACAAACUAAUUUCUCUCCCGGUAUUUAUGGAAUAGCUAAAAGUAAAUGAAGUAAAGGCCGUUAAAUUUUUUCAUAAAAGUUUAAGGUCAUGUUUUAAAUUUCCUUUUCAGUGGACAUACUUUCCUCUUAGAGUAAGUGUGCCUAGCAGUCCCCUAGCAUUGUUUUAUAAGCUGUGUUAGAAGGUAUCCUUUUUUUUUUUCUUUCAAAGGAAUCUUGAAUUUAUCUUAGAAUCUUUAUUUGGGGAGGAAAUAUCUUUUGAUAAAAAACAGAUAAGACUACAUUAAGUGAAUAUUUAUUUUUGGUGGCAUAUAUUUGAAAUUAAAUUUUUUUCUGAUUUAACUAGUUACAAAUGGAAAUAAUUAACAGUCUGAUUGGGGUCAGAUUUUAUCAGAUUAAAGUUUGUAUUAUGAAUGUUGAAACAUAGAAAAUAAAACUUGAAAAUUCUGUCACUUAUUUUUUAAUCCUGUAUUCUAGCGUAGAUUAAAUAAGACUGAGUUCCUAAAAUCUGAUACAUUGAUGAAGUUUUAGAGCUUCUCGCACUGUGCAUUUGAGUUGGAGAGUUUGUUUUGUUGCUGUUUAUUAAUAAACUACGAACCUAGAUUUUGACCUGAAGAAA